AUGCAUGCGAAGAAACCUACUGACGACUUGCGUCUCUGGAUUCGCCUGAACAGAUACCACAUUGUGGCAGUCGGAAGCGAAGAGUGUGUAAACUCGAUCGCAAAGAGUGUCGUGUUCACGUCCAAGAAAUCAUGGGAAGAUCAGCUGAGAAACACACUGGGAGUCGACUACAUUCUCGUGGCGUCUCAUGCUCUCACCGCCAUUCACAACGUCGUCUUUGCUCACACGAGCAUCUUGCCGCUACUGGGGAGUAUCCACUCAGAUGCUGUCGCGACGGGACUUGGUAACCAGCUUGGCAAUAAAGGUGGAGUCGGAAUUGCCUUCACCGUUGGGUAUACGAGCUUCGCCUUCGUCAAUUGCCACUUCGACGCACACCAACGCAAUGUUUCCAAGCGCAAUGGCAACUUUUAUCGGAUUAACCACGAACUGAAACUUUCUUCCUCUCCAUCUGCUUCAUUAUCGCCCCCAAACGAAGUUUCUGUGGCUCCACUAACCUCUGGCAGUCCCAGUAGAGAUGGCCUACAAGGACUCGGUCGAACGUCCGUGAAUCGAUUCUCCAUGCCUUCCGUCGUCAACGGAGUCUCAGCAGGUUCAAAACGUACCGUGAGCGACCUUUUUGAUCGUGUCUUCUGGUACGGCGACCUCAAUUAUCGCAUUAACGGAACGAGACGCAUGGUGGACACUUUGCUGCUUCGGAAUCAAUACGAGGUGCUGCAUGCGAACGACCAACUUCAACGAGAAAUGAAAGCUGGAAAUGUGUUUCCUCACUUUCGAGAAGGUCAACUGAACUUCCGACCCACGUACAAAUUCGAUAAACGCAGUGACGUAUAUGACUCGUCCUCGAAGCAGCGUAUUCCUUCCUGGACAGAUCGGGUGCUGUACCUAUCGAAUGAUAAAUUGCAUGACAUUGAGCUACUCAGCUAUCGCAGUCAAACGAACUUUCGCACGUCAGAUCAUCGCCCCGUAUGCGCCACGUUUCAAGUCAAGUUUAGUGCAACAGGAGUCGCAGAAUCAUUGCAAUCACCUCGUCAGAGUGGCAAGCCUGACGACAACCUCGUGGCUAGUCAGGCAUGCUCCAUACAGUAA